GUUUGCGCCAUUUUCUGCAGAACACAUAAACCCCGAAAGCCGAAAGGAGUUUCUCAUAGAUAAGAAGAAAUUUGAAAUGUCGUGGCUGAGAUUGGCAGUGAGCAAAGCAGUGGAGGUUGGGAACAACAACAAUCUUACUCGGGUCGUCAAGAAUUAUGCCGACACCGUCGUUCACCACGCUGGUCAGGCCGUUGCUGAGGGUGCCAAGAUUCUCCAAGAUCGCAUUGGGGCACGUAACUUGAGAAGUAUUAGGCAGACUAUACAAAGAUUGGAAGAAGCUUCUGUGUCCUGUGGGCGCCCUGAAAGAGCUCAGUUGUUGAGAAGUUGGUUGGUUGUGCUUGAAGAGGUAAAAAAAUUAUCUGAUGUUCCAUCCGAGGAGACAGCAAAGACCCUGGAGCAGCAUCUUGCUUUUGAAGACGCAAAGGAAAGCCCAAGAAAGCCUGAUGUUGUUUUAUAUUAUGAACCCGAUGUUGGAGGGGAACCAAUGAACUUCUAUGAUGUGUUUCUUCAUAGUCAAGCUCUGGAGGGAAUUACAUUAUCUAUGAUUCUUGAAGCGCCAGAUGAGGAAGAAGUGUCUCUUCUCCUGGACAUGUUUGGAUUAUGCCUUAUAGGUGGGAAAGAAGUUCAUAAUGCAAUAGUUAGCAGCAUACAAGAUCUGGCAAAAUCUUUUUCCAACUACGAGGAUGAAGUGUUGGUGAAGCGGGAAGAAUUGCUCCAAUUUGCACAAAGUGCAAUUUCAGGGUUGAAGAUUAAUGCUGAUCUUGGGAGAGUAGAUACUGAAUUGUCCAAUUUGAAGACAAAACUUGAAGGAAUGUCGAUGUCUUCAAAUGCAGAUUACGGCAAUACAUCAGAAGAAACCACUCUAGAAACAAUUGAGGCAUUGAAAGCAGCACUUUCACACAUACGAAUUUGUUCUAGAGUAGAUGAACUUCUGAUGAAGAAGAAAUUCUUAAACAACGGAGAUUCUCCCGAAAUCCAUGCUCAGAAGAUUGAUAAAUUGAAAGUCUUGUCAGAGUCUCUUUCAAACUCCUGUGUGAAAGCUGAAAAGCACAUUACAGAUCAUAGAUUGCAAAAAGAGGAAGCACUAAAUGUUCGUCUGACCAAAGCAACUGAAACUGGUGAAAAAGAGAAGGAACUAAGUACAGAAAUUGCAGAACUUGAAAGACAGAGAGAUGAUAUUGAAGCUCAAUUAAAAAAGGUUAACAUAUCCUUGGCUGCUGCACAUGCACGCCUUCGAAAUAUGGUGGAAGAGAGAGAUCAGUUUGAGGAGGCCAAUAACAAGAUUGUCGCACAUUUAAAGACAAGGGAAGAUGAGCUGUUAAAAUCCAUUUCCUCGUGUAAGGCAGAAUCAAAUGUUUUGAAUAUGUGGAUUAAUUUUCUGGAAGAUACGUGGAAUAUCCAAUGCCUACAUAGAGAAAAUAAGGAGAAGGAGGUCAACGAUGCGUUGGAAAAACAUGAAGGUUACUUUGUCAACUUGGCUAUUGAUCUUCUAUCUUCUUAUAAGAAAGAGUUGGAGCCGUCAAUCAGCCGUAUUGAAAAAUUUGUGGAAAAUUUAAAGAAUUUGAGGCAGAGGUCGGAAGAAUCCAUACUGGAAAAUGACGAGUCAAAAGUUCUAAGCCCCACAAAUAAUCUUGAAAGGGAAUAUCUGGGUUAUGAAGCUAAGAUCAUUACUACCUUCAGUGUUGUGGAUCACAUGAAAGAGCAGUUUUUGGCUCAACAAGCUCAAGUUUCCAGGAAGGAGGAUUCUAGAGUUCAAGAAUUGUUUGAUGAUAUUGAAAAACUGCGGCAGAGUUUUGACUCUAUCGAGAGACCCAAUCUAGAAAUCGAAACUCCGCCUCCAAGAGCAGAAAAUGAAUCUAGAGAGGAGGCGCAGAGUAGUGUUCCACAACCUUCGGCAGAAGACAGCAAGAACUCAAAAGUAGAAACUGGUAAGCAGCUGGAAGUACUACCUGCAGUGAAUGCAGAACAGACAGUAGAUGCUGCCGCUGAGCUAGCGAAGCUAGAAUCAGAAUUCGGGAAAGUGAGUCAUGACUACUCAACAGAAGACAUUGGUGAAUGGGAAUUCGACGAGCUGGAAAGGGAACUGAGGUCAGGUGACUCAAAGAACUAGCUCUAUCAUACACAUAUUAUAUGCUCCUCCUGAAUGAAUCAACCUAAUUUAUUAUGAAGAAAGAUCCCCCAAAACUCCAAGCUUGGAUCAUAAUCUUUCCACUGUAAUUGUUCUCUGUAUAUCUUGUGGUUUUUUAAGUUGUUCACUUGUAUAAAUUCUGAAACAUAUAUGUUGUAAUAUAAAAGCCAAUGAAGGGAAACAGUCAAAUCAAGAUGACCCUUUUGA